AUGGCCCCUCCAAAGUUUAUGGGUAUGUCCGGCCGUCCGUUGUCGACGGCCGUGUCAACGGUUGCGACAACAGGCUUUUUGUUGUUCGGCUAUGACCAAGGUGUCAUGAGCGGUAUUAUCUCCGCCCCCGCCUUCAACAAAUUCUUCCCCGAAACGGAAAAUAACUCCACGAUGCAGGGCUUCGUCACUGCCAUCUACGAAAUCGGCUGUCUACUCGGCGCAAUGUUUAUCCUUGCUGUUGGUGACAUUCUUGGUCGUCGCCGCGCCAUGAUCCUCGGUGCCCUCAUCAUGGGUCUCGGAGUUAUCAUUCAGGUUGUCACCAUCAAGCCCAGCCCAUCUCCCAUCGCCCAGUUCAUUAUCGGUCGUACGAUCAUGGGUGUGGGCAACGGAAUCAACACCUCCACGAUCCCCACUUACCAGGCCGAGUGCAGUCAAACCUCAAACCGUGGUCUGCUGCUCUGUAUCCAAGGUGGUAUGAUUGCAUUUGGUACCGUCAUCGCCUACUGGAUUGACUACGGCGCCUCCUAUGGCCCCGAUGACCUGGUGUGGAGGUUCCCCAUCGCUUUCCAGAUCGUCUUCGCUCUCUUCAUCUCCAUCCCCAUGUGCUUCCUGCCCGAGUCGCCCCGUUGGCUGCUCACUCACCAGCGGGUCCCUGAGGCCGACCGUGUCAUUGCUGCCCUCCGUGGCUACGAAAUUGACGGCCAGGAGACCAUCACUGAGCGUGACCUCAUUGUGGACAGCAUCAAGGCCUCUGGUUUCUCUGGACAGAAGUCGACCCCUGUCAAGGCCCUCUUCACCGGUGGUCCUACUCAGCACCUCCGCCGUAUGCUCCUCGGCUCCGGAUCGCAGCUCAUGCAGCAGAUUGGUGGCUGCAACGCCGUCAUCUACUACUUCCCUAUCCUGUUCCAAGAGUCCAUUGGGGAGACGCAUGAAAUGUCGCUACUCCUUGGUGGUGUCAACAUGAUCGUCUACGCUAUUUUCGCCACCACCUCUUGGUUCGUCAUUGAGCGCGCUGGCCGACGUAAGCUCUUCCUCAUCGGCAGCAUCGGCCAGUGUCUUUCCAUGGUCAUCACCUUCGCUUGUCUUAUUCCAGGAACUACUUCGGCAGCAAAGGGAGCCGCCGUGGGUCUCUUCACUUACAUUGCCUUCUUUGGCGCCACCUGGCUCCCUCUGCCUUGGUUGUACCCGGCUGAAGUCAACCCAAUCAAGACCCGUGCGAAAGCCAAUGCCGUCAGCACAUGCACCAACUGGUUGUUCAACUUCCUGGUUGUCAUGGUCGUGCCUAUCAUGAUUGACGACAUCGGUUGGGGAACUUACCUCUUCUUCGCCAUCAUGAACGCACUCUUCAUCCCCAUCAUCUACUUCUUCUUCCCCGAGACCAAGCGCCGGUCGCUCGAGGAGAUUGAUGUCAUUUUCGCCAAGGGUUUCUCGGAGAAUACCUCGUACGUCAAGGCAGCCAAGGACCUUCCGUACUUGAGCGCCGAGGAGGUUGAGCGCGAGGCUAUCAAGUAUGGCCUCAUCUCCGCCUCAGGCCAGGACGCGACCGGGACCGGUGCCAACGAUGCUGCGCGUCGUAACAGCGAGAAACCUUAUGAAGAUCCCAGGAAUAACAGCAUUUGGGGAAAUGGUAGCGAUGAAGAAAGCCAAACGCGCAACACUUCGGUUGCCGAGCCAUCAGGAGCCAACACCAACACCACUAAGCAUGGUUAA